AUGAGCGCUGCGAGUCUACACGAUUACUUGCCUUGGUUACUCCGAUAUUGCCCCCUCUCGAGCAUAUACGGGGCUUAGGCUGGACGAAAAUGCCUCAUCGGAUGGGAUAUCUCCUCCGAUCCUUGCUAUAAGAGGGCCGGAGCCCCUUUAGAAUAACCCUCUCCAAAUCAAACAGCCCGAACAUCAAGCCUAAAUCUCUUACUUAUCCAACCCCCAGCAAUAUGCAUCGACGCACAGUCCUCAUCACUGGAGCCAACGGCUAUAUCGGAAACGCCGUUGCAAAGGCUUUCGCCAGGGCCGGCUGGACGACGUACGGCUUGAUCCGCAGAGCCGAAGAUGCCUCAGACCUAGCCAAACAUGAAAUCCACCCUCUCAUCGGCGCCCCUGAAGACUUUGGACCAUCACCCGAAUCCAAAUCAAAGCACUUCACUCACCCCGUCUUCGACGUCGUCGUCUCCAACACAGAAGACUGGUCCAACUACACCAAACACUUCAAAGAAGUGCACUCAAUGCUUCUACACAUCGGACAAUGCAGCAGCAACCAAGCCGGAAUCCGCCCUCUAGUCCUAUUCUCAAGCGGAUGCAAAGACUACGGCAUGACAGCCCACCACAACGAUCCAACCCUCACCCCUCACACCGAAACCAGCCCACUAAACGGCCUCCCCCUCCUCCUCCCCCGAACGCAAGCCAGCGCCAACCUCCUCCACACCAGCGCCAACCAACCCUUCGACAUCACCAUAACCCGCCCUACCCCAGUCUACGGCUACGGAUCCAGCAACUACGGCCCCAUCUUCUCCCUCGCAGAAACCCACAAGCACACCGGCGUCCUCCCCAUCCCCGCAAACCCCAACGUCAUAGUCCACGGCACCCACGUCGAUGACUGCGCCUCCGUCUACGUCGCCCUAGCUGAACAUCCCCAGCGCGACCAAAUCAUCAACCAAGCCUUCAACAUCUCCAACGCACGAUACGAAACCACCGCCGAAAUCUGCAACGCCGUCGCCAAAUCCUAUAACCUCUCCAUUGAAUACACCCCACCCAAACCCCUCGACGGUAUCAUCCCGGGAAUGGUCGACGCCAUCCUCAAUUACUCGCAAUGGGUCUCCUCGGACAAGAUCCGACAUCUGACCGGCUGGACAGAAAAAAGAGCUUACUUUGCUGACGGUAUCGAGGAAUAUCGGUUAUCGUAUGAGGCUGCGAUGGCUUCUGGACACCGUGGAACCGUGAGAUUGGAUUCUAUUUCUAGAGAUCCGGGUGCGUUUAGUCGGUCGAGUGAGGUGUGAGUUGUUAUUGUGUGGGUGGUGGGUGGGUUUACAGAACUUCUAUUGUUAGUUCAUGACGUCUUUUGUAAGUAGCAUUCAGCUGAGAUAUGCAAUGCGCAAAUCAUAGAUUGUGUUUUGCUUUUCGAAUAGUUACUUUCUGAGAUAAACCCCCUCCGCUGUUGUAUAGUUAUUCGAAUAGCAAUUACUAUUUCCGAUGCGCAGAAUCACUAUAUUACCUCACCAAUGCUUUUUUUUAUACUAGCUUCAG